AGGUUUAUCACUUGCCCCUCCCCUUUUGGAUCGCCUCUCUUCGGUCUUCCAUUAUAUAUCGAUAAUCACUGCCGUCGGAAACCCUAGCUUCGCUUCUUCUCACCAGCAGUCUGUAGCUUCUCCAUAGGAAAAACGAGGCUCCGAAAAUGAGUAAACUUCAGAGUGAUGCAUUGAGAGAAGCCAUUUCAGCUAUCUUUGUUGAUAGCAAUGAAAAGAAGCGUAAGUUUACUGAGACCAUUGAACUUCAGAUUGGACUAAAGAACUAUGAUCCACAGAAGGACAAGCGUUUCAGUGGGUCAGUGAAGUUGCCCCACAUUCCUCGCCCUAAGAUGAAGAUAUGCAUGCUUGGAGAUGCUUUGCACGUUGAGGAGGCAGAGAAGAUUGGUUUGGAUUAUAUGGAUGUGGAAGGCCUAAAGAAGCUAAACAAAAACAAGAAGUUGGUGAAGAAACUUGCCAAGAAGUAUCAUGCCUUCUUAGCUUCUGAAGCUGUUAUCAAGCAAAUUCCCCGUCUUCUUGGCCCUGGGCUCAACAAGGCAGGAAAGUUUCCCACCCUUGUUACUCACCAAGAAUCCCUUGAGUCUAAAGUUAAUGAGACAAAGGCAAUGGUUAAGUUCCAAUUGAAGAAAGUUCUUUGCAUGGGCGUGGCUGUGGGUAAUGUUGCCAUGGAGGAGAAGCAAGUCUUUCAAAAUGUUCAAAUGAGCGUCAAUUUCCUUGUUUCAUUAUUGAAAAAGAACUGGCAAAACGUGAGGUGCUUGUACCUGAAGAGUACUAUGGGGAAGGCAUAUCGGGUCUUCUGAAGAAUUUUCAAAAACUUAGAUAGUACUGUUUUCUCUUUGAUUGAAGAACCAGGUUGAGAUUAUAUUUAUGAUUGAAAAUUUUUUUCCUGUUUGUUUUUUGUUUAGCACAGUAAACCAUUAGCUGCAAAAUCGAUAACACUUGUGUUGGGAGUAAUGCUUUUCUUUUCACCUUUUUGUUUCA